AUGGCCGAUGAUACAAAGCAAUAUGUGUAUCCUACAAAAGAAAUGAAAAAGCUGCAUUCACAAGGAGAUUUUGAAAUUCAUGUUCCAGAUAGACGUACUUUUCUAAGGAGAACAGGUCCUAAUAUCACUAGAAAUGACCUAGAAGAUAAAUUUUAUAAAUUUAAGGAAGAAAAUCAUCAAUUGAAGAAAGCAGUUAAAAAGCAAGAAGAUGAACUAAAACAAUUAGCUACCAAAAUGACUAGAUUAUUAAGAGAAAAGAAAAAUAUGGAACUUAGAAAUACACCAGGUCCUAAAAGGGUCUUAGAACUUGAAGAAAUGGUUGAAGAUUUACAAGAUAACGUUCGUCAAUUAGAAAAAACAAAUUCUCGUUUGAGAGACAAGAUGAUAGUCGCAAAACACCAAGUCAUUAACCGAGUCAGACGACCAAAUCCAUACAGUCAUAUUCCACCUAAAGUAAAUUCUGGGAUUUCUAGGAGUGGAAUAUCUCCAUAUAUUUUGUCUCUUAGCUCCAAAGGGAAAAGUCCUCAAUCAUUGUCAAGAAAACCACCUGUUGCACCGAUACCUCCUAUUGCAAUUAGUUUAUUGGAGGAAGCAAGAAAUGAUAUUUCAGAACUUGAAUGUUUUGAUAUUUAUAGCAUUCAUUUGGAGUUGAAAUAUUAUUUUUUACAGCUAAGAGUGCGAGACAUGGACCAUGAUGAAGAACUUAAUGCCUUAAAAUGUCAAAUGACACAGCGUCAAAGGCAGCAUGUGCAAGAGAACUUAGACCUAAUUCGCUUGCACAGAGAAUUAGAGCAUAUGCAAGCCCAAAAUGCAGAUCUUGAAGAGAAUGUGAAAUGUGUGUACAAUUUUUGGAAAUUAUAUUAUUCUUGCCUUUGUUGA